AUGGGCGAGAACCAGGACGACGACCAUCACCAGAAUGGAGACGUCAGACGGCACAGCGAGCCUACCAUCAAGCGUCGUCGCAUCACCAAGGCCUGCGACUUUUGCCAUCGCAGAGGGAGGAAAUGCAAGCCUGUGCCCGAGGGGAGCGGGGUCACCACUGGCGCAAGCCCCGGCGGCACCCUUAGCUGUCUGACCUGCAUCGAACACGGCGCAACCUGCACUUGGAACCGAGUCGCGGCCAAGAGAGGUGUCAAAUCCAAGACAUCACCGUCUUCUUCGGUCAACAACAAGCAGACCCAUUCUGGCGAUGAUGGCGACGGCGACAGAUGGUUCUACGACGAGAGCCGGCAUGGAAGCCGGAGUCUCAUUUUCCGUCUCAUUUCCAUCUUCUUUGAUACAGUAUACCCCGUUUUUCCUUUCUUCGACGAGAUCUCACUGCUUAGAGACUGGGAGAACACCAGUCUGUCGUCAAGUCGGGCCUCUUUUGCCCGCCUCAUGGCCAUCUGCGCUCUGAGCUCAUGUCAUGUCAGCGACGGGGCCGUUUUCAACCCGGAUCUGCCAGCACCACUUCUCCCUCAGCAUCACCAGGCCUAUAUGGAAGAUGCUCAAAAGGCAAUUCCAGAAAGCAAUCGAGAAAUCGGGAGCUUCGAGGCAUUCGAUUAUCUCCAGGUACUCGGCACGCUGUCUUUAGCUGCAACGCAGCUCAAGGAUGACCCCCUCUUCCAUGAAUGUAUGGGCCGUUAUCACACCCUCGUGGCGCAGCACACCUUUCACUUCGAAGCUCGCUGGCCCUCAAAUCUGACCUAUCCAGAGAAGCAUGUACGGCGCCAAUUCUUUUGGUCCAUGUACCGCUUGGAAGUCCACGCAGCACUCAUUGACGGCCACGUAAUACGUUGUCCGGAACUGCAGUGCGCUGUUGCGUACCCGCAGCAGGUUGACGGCCUGGCCGGCAUCAUUGAUGCCUCGGGGCAGACGGAAAAAACACGAUUCCGUCACGGCAGUUGGCUUACCGGCUGGAACUACAUUACCGAUCUUUAUCGCGUAUUGGAACAUGUCAUUGUGCGGAUGCGCAAAGAUCGACUCAAGGCACUGGACAGAGGCCCAAUCGAACACGAGCCAUUAAUGCCCUCGAUCGACAAUAUGUUGGAGAAGGUACUGGAGAAGAAGAGCAACCUGCCGCCGUAUGCGACGCAUGCAUAUCCCGCAUCCCAUGACGUUGAAGCAAACUUGUGUGGAUUCCAAGUCGCCAACAUUGCGUGCACUUUUCAGGUGAGCUCAUCCCGUUCCUAUAGCAAGGAGGAAUCGCGGCUAAACUUCUCCAGUUACUUCGAAUGGCAGCGUUUGCUUGUCACAACAAAUUCGAGGAUGCUUGCGGCGCCGCUCUCGAGUUGA